AAUGGCUUAAAAAUAUGACAUCAAAUUUAAUAAAUAACAAAUUGACCGUAAUUACAAAUUUAGAUUUAGCAACAAUAAUAAAUAAAAAAUAAAAUGAAUAUUACACUUACUAGCUUGGAAGCUUUGAUUUUAAAAGCAACUCAUGAAUCUUUACCACAACCUGAUGGAGCCGCGAUAGAAGCGUUCUGCGCAAUAAUGCGAGAUGCUGCUGAAGGUCCUCAUCUUGCGGCUCAGGCUCUCGCCUCUCGCAUUCACGUACAAAACGCAAGAGAAGCAAUUUUAGCACUGUCUAUGUUAGAUCGGUGUAUGCGUAAAAGCGAUUCCAAUUUUCACGCUGAGAUUGGUAAAUUCCGCUUCUUAAAUGAAAUGAUUAAAUUAGUAUCUCCAAAAUAUUUAGCUGAUAGAACAGCACCUGAAGUUAGGACCAGGGUUCUACAACUACUUCAUGCUUGGUCAAUUGAGUAUCCAAAGGAGACAAAAUUUAAAGUAGCUUAUGAUAUGCUUAAAAAUCAGGGUGUUAUAAAAGAGACACCACAGCCACUUCCACCUGAAGAUGUGGCUGUAACCUCAAGGCCUAGAGCUAAAAAUGCUAUUUUUGAAGAUGAGGAAAAGUCAAAGCUUCUGCAGAAACUUUUACAGAGUAAGAAACCUGAAGAUCUACAACAUGCAAAUAGGUUAAUUAAAACUAUGGUCAAAGAGGAAGAAAAGAGAAAUGAAGCAAACAGUCGUCGAGCGCAGGAAGUCAGUGCGGCACUAGACAGUGCAGAUCUCCUGCGGGACAUGCUGGACCAUGCAGAAGAGGCCUCUGCUGAUGAGGAGCAGCUCAUCCAUGAACUGCAUGCCAGUUGCGCUAGAUUACGACCUGUAUUACAGCAUCUGGCUGCAUCAGAGGUGCAAGAUGAAAAUCUUAGUGAUAUUUUACAUGCAAGUGAUGUGCUAGAUAAAGUAUUUGAAAAAUACAACAAAUUCAAUGCAGAAAGGAAGAGCAGGGUUAAAACUCAAAACACUUCAACAAACAAUGAAAGUUUAUUAGACUUUGCCGGGGGAACUACUGUGAGAGAGAAUGAAGUAGAAAAUAAGGUUAUAGAUGAGCUGGGUGAUAUAUUUUCGAGUGACAUUAGUGGUGGUACGGUCCAGCCACUAAAACCAGUGAAUUUAAUGGACAAUGAUGACACAAGUCUACUGGGCGAUAGAUCAAAGAAAGAUGAAGGUUGGAAUGAAUUAGACUCCCUUGGAGAACAACUGCUGAAGCAGUCUUUACCAGAAAAUGCCAAAAGAAUUGAUAAUUUUAAUCAUAAAUCAAUCAAGAAGAUCCCAAUGAAUGCUUUAGAAAAAACAUCACCAAAGCGCGAAAUUCCCCAAAGGAAUAGCGCUCUUCUUGAUCUUGAUUUUUUCACAAAAAAGCAAGACGAAAGCACAAUUAAGUUAUCACCAGUAGCUCAAUCUACUACUUCCGUAACUCCCAAUGAUGAUAUAAUGGUGGACAUAACUGAAACACCAUCAAACAUUUUGAAUAAUAACACAAAAUCUAACAGUGCACUAGAUAAAAUACUAGAUUUAAGCAUUCCUCUAGAAAAUACGAACACCACAGACAAUAGAGAAAUAUCUAUGGUUGAGGAACAAAAGGAAAAAGUGAAACAGGAAGUGAAAUCGCUAUCAGAUAUAAAUGUGACAUUACAAAGUGUGCAUCCAAGUAAAGUGCCUCCGUUAACAGCGUUUGAAGAAGAAGAUGGUGUCACAGUGGUGUUACAUUUUUGUAAAGAUAAGCCGAGGCCUGAUGUUAAUGUGAUUGUGGUAUCCACUAGGAGUAAACAUGAAGCUGCUAUAGAGGAUUACAAGUUUCAAGCUGUUGUUCCAAAGGGUUGCAAGGUGCGAUUAUUAACACCUUCAAGUACAAGCCUACCAGCUUUCAACCCGUUCCUGCCGCCGCCCGCGCUCACACAAGUCAUGUUAGUUGCAAGACCUCCAAACCGACCACAAAUUGACCUAAAAUUCGUCAUAACCUACACUUGUAACGACGACAUGUAUUCAGAGAUGGGCGAAGUCAAACAACUACCACUCGACGAUAUAUAGUCGACAUUCACGCUCUGAACUAUGAUAUAUCUGAGCUCAUGCUUACCGAUUUUUUUUUAUAUCGAACUAUCGGUUGUCAAUUGAUUAAAAAAAAUAAUAAAAAAACAACAAAAAUAAGAAGUUAUAGCAUGAGUGGGAGUCGGAAGAACGCUUCUUAAUUUUUUUUAUUUCUUGUGUAUUUAAGAUUUACAUAAUGAACAAACACAAUGACUGUUUUAUUAUAAAUAUAGGUUAAGUUUUAUUUGUACUUCGAUUUAAUUUUAUACGUCGAUUCUAGUCCAAAAAUUUAAAUUGCAUUUAUGAACAUUCCGUGUGACUUAAUUAGAAUUUAUUUUGAUCUUGGAAUACAGUAUUAUGUUUAAGAGAAUAUUAAGUAUAUUAUAUUAUGAUGAUUUUAUGAGUCCUAGUAUUGGUGUUGUGUAGAAAUUAAAGUGAUGCAUUUCAGCAUUUAUUAUGUACAACAUAAAAAAUUAAGUUCUGACUACAGUGCAAUAGACAUUCAGAGAUGUUUUAUGCUUAGUAUAAAGAUGUUGAAAAUAAAUAUAUUAUCUGCUUAAACA